AUGUCGAGUUACGGCGUUCCGAGUGCUCUGUGAGCUGCACGGAUGAUGACGUUGAAUGUGGCAGCAGCGGGAGCAGGAAACGCAGUGCUUCUGGUCUCCAAUCUCGACGAACAGAAGGUUACGCCCGACGCUCUCUUUACCCUUUUUGGUGUCUAUGGUGACGUGCACCGAGUGAAAAUUCUGUUCAACAAGAAAGAUAACGCCCUGGUGCAGAUGGCUGAACCUCAUCAAGCUCAGUUAGCAAUUGCUCACUUGGAUAAAGUCAAGGUGUGGGGUAAGAAUAUCCGCGUGACACAGUCCAAACACACCCUGGUACAGAUGCCCAAAGAGGGACAACCGCAGGAUGCUGGACUCACCAAAGACUUCACCAACUCCCCUCUACACCGCUUCAAACGCCCCGGCUCCAAGAAUUGUCAGAACAUCUUCCCUCCAUCCGCAGUGCUGCAUUUAUCUAACAUUCCACCCAACAUAGAGGAGGACUUUCUAUCUGAUGCUUUCGCACAGCAUGGACAAGUCAAAGCAUUCAAAUUUUUCCCGAAAGACAGAAAAAUGGCGCUGAUUCAGAUGGCUUCAGUUGAUGAGGCGGUGACAGCACUGAUAGCUAUGCACAACUACCCCCUAAGUGACACCAACCACCUGCGAGUCUCAUUUUCCAAGUCCACCAUAUAGUGUGUGCCGUGUGCAGCCCAUCAUGACAUUACUGAACGUUGAUUAAUUGCCUCCCUUUGUGGGUGGGGCUCUGGUGGUAUAUGUGAAGUGCCUUUAUGUGGUAAUGGCAUUGGAGUUUUACAAAUGCCAUGUUGAAUGUGCAAUGAUCUCACAUUUACCAUUCUCGUCCAGUGUGGUGUCUGGGGGGUCAGGAACCACUGACCGGCUCACUGACCUCGCCCCACACCACACUGGACCCCAGGGGUCAAAUUUGUUCAGUUUCAAUUUUUAAUAGUUGAUUUAUUUUUAUUGUUGAAAUUGUUGGUCUACUAUAUGAUGUGUUUCUAACCAGGCUCUCCAGUAUUUUUCAACGUCCCACACAAAGAAAUCCAUUUCUACAUGUAAGCCUGGUUUUCAUUGGUGCUGAUAUCAGCAUUCAUAUCUAUUGAAUCACCCAGCUUUAACUACCAAGGACAGACUAGAGUGUCCAAAACAUUCAGGGGAACCGAAUCAUCAACUGUAAUGUCAGUUACCAUAGCAAUACAACAUGGCGGGGGGUAUACUGCUGUCACUGACACAAAUGGAUCUGAGGGAAUUAUGGGAACAAAAGUCAUCUUUUUUUGUACUAUGUUGAUGUUUUGUAGCUUUUUUUUAUCAAGACGGAGAUGUUUUUAUUUAUUACUGCUGGUCUCUGAUUUUUUGAGAGCCACAGUUCAGAGAUGUUACAGAUCAACUGUUAAGAUAUUACGACAUAUUUGUAAUAAAAACAAAUCAAAAUUAGCCUCUGUUGUCAUUACAGCUAUAUAAUCCUUCUCUGAUUUUCUCUGUCUGUUUUUUGUUUUCUUUGUCAUCACCAUAGUACUUUGUAUAUUUGUGCAUUAAACUUGACACUUGA